GGAUCUGAGAUCUACCUGAGCGCGCGAUGAGAGGCUGACUGAGAAACCCUCGCCUUUUAUUGCGUCGAUAGAUCGAUCUGCUGGGACUGUUCCUCAAUCUAUGGAGCAUGACUGGUGAAAGGUGGAGAGCAGCAGAUUGCUGAUGUCUGUGUGGCCUGCAUUCCUCUUUACAAUCUGAACUAUUGUGCAGCAUCUGGAGACACUCUCGAAUAACCAGAAUGGCUACUUCACUGUGGAAACGUCCCCUGGUGCAUGGGCUUGUGCUAGCUGUGAUUUUUAUCCAAACUUCAGAAGCGUUCAGUCGUGCAGCGCUGCCGUUCGGUCUGGUGCGGAGAGAGCUGUCCUGUGAGGGUUACCCCAUCGAUCUGCGCUGCCCGGGGAGUGAUGUCAUCAUGAUCGGAACCGCCAACUACGGCCGCACAGACAACAAGAUAUGCGACGCCGACCCCUUCCAGAUGGAGAACAUUAAUUGCUACCUCCCGGAUGCAUAUAAAAUCGUAUCUCAAAGGUGUAACAAUCGGACGCAGUGUGUUGUCAUCACUGGCUCGGAUGUCUUUCCAGAUCCAUGUCCUGGGACAUACAAGUAUCUUGAGGUCCAGUAUGAAUGUGUGCCAUAUAUUUUUAUUUGCCCUGGGACUCUGAAAGCAGUAGGAGCUCCAGCCUUUGUCUUUGAGGCUGAACAGCAAUCCGGAGCUUGGUGCAAAGACCCCCUGCAAGCAGGAGACAAGAUCUACCUCAUGCCGUGGACACCGUACCGCACUGACACGCUCAUAGAGUACGCCUCGCUCGAUGACUUGCGAAGCGGCCGACAGACGACUACCUACAAGCUUCCACAUCGCGUUGACGGAACUGGAUUUGUGGCCUAUGAUGGGGCCAUCUUCUUUAACAAGGAACGCACACGAAAUAUCGUAAAGUUUGAUUUGCGGACUCGAAUAAAGAGCGGGGAGGCCAUAGUCGCCAAUGCCAACUACCACGACACCUCGCCCUAUCGCUGGGGUGGGAAAACAGACAUUGACUUGGCGGUGGACGAGCGGGGACUGUGGGUUAUCUACGCUACAGAACAGAAUAACGGACGUAUCGUUCUCAGCCUGCUCAAUCCUUAUACUCUACGCUUUGAGGCCACGUGGGAGACCGUCUAUGACAAACGCUCGGCCUCCAAUGCCUUCAUGGUGUGCGGUAUUCUUCACGUGGUCCGCUCCACCUAUGAGGAGAAUGAAAGCGAGGCCAGUAAGAGCCAAAUUGACUAUGUGUAUAACACCAAACUAGGGCAAGGGGAGUAUGUCAAUAUACUCUUCCCUAACCAGUAUCAGUACAUUGCAGCUGUGGAUUACAACCCAAGGGAUAACCAACUAUAUGUGUGGAAUAAUUUUUACAUUCUGCGAUACAAUCUGGAGUUUGGGCCACCCGAUCCGGAAGAAGUACCAACGGUCUCUGAUGACGUUACAUCAACAGUGCAGCCGAGAAGAUCCACUCCUGCCUUCAGGACCAGCACCUCCAGCAUCACCCUGAGACCCUCGCUCAGCAUCAGCAUCACUCCUGACCCGGCCUCCUCCAGCAGACGCUUCUGUGACGGUACGGAGACCAGAGAAAUCUCCUGGCCACAGACACACCGAGGAGUCACAGUGGAGCGGCCGUGUCCUAAAGGAACGCGAGGAAUCGCUCUGUUCCUCUGCACGUCUGCCGACGGGAUCUGGAGUCCCAGAGGUCCUGAUCUCAGUAACUGCACGUCUCACUGGGUGGCACAGGUGGCACAGAAGAUCCGGAGUGGUGAGAACGCUGCGAAUCUGGCGAAUGAGUUGGCGCGUCACUCCUCGGGUCCCGUGUACGCGGGCGACGUCAGCUCCUCUGUGCGGCUCAUGGAGCAGCUGGUGGAUAUACUGGACGCUCAGCUACAGGAGCUCAAGCCCAGCGAUAAAGACACGGCCGGACGCAGCUUCAACAAGGCCAUUGUGGACACGGUUGACAACCUCCUGAGGCCAGAAGCCCUUAAAUCCUGGGAGGACAUGAAUUCCACGGAGCAAACGCAUGCUGCCACUAUGUUACUGGAUACCCUGGAGGAAGGAGCCUUUGUCCUUGCAGACAACCUGAUCGAGCCCGCAGUCGUCAGAGUGCCUGCCGACAACAUCAUGUUGGACGUGUACGUGUUGAGCACUGACGGCCAAAUUCAGGACUUCAGGUUUCCACAGACCAGCAAAAGAGGAGUCACGAUCCAGCUCUCAGCAAACAUGGUCAAACUAAACAGUAAAAACGGUGUUGCCAAGUUGGUUUUUGUCCUUUAUAAGCACUUGGGGCAUUUUCUUAGUACGGAGAACGCCACAGUGAGGCUGAUGGGAGAGGACGGAGUCAGAAACCACAGCCUGACUGUCAACUCACACAUCCUCUCCGCCUCCAUCAACAAAGAAUCCAGCCGCGUGUUCGUGUCCGAACCACUCAUCUUCACUCUCGCACAUCUGGACACUGAGAACUACUUCAAUCCAAACUGCUCAUUUUGGAACUAUUCUGAGACUAGCAUGACGGGAUACUGGUCGACACAAGGCUGCAAACUCCUCGCCACAAACAAGACUCACACCACUUGCUCCUGCAGUCACCUGACGAACUUUGCAAUCCUGAUGGUCCAUCGAAAUGCACACGCGGGUGUGGGAAGCGUUCACGAGCUCCUGCUGACAGUUAUCACACGAAUGGGCAUCGGUGUUUCGCUUGUCUGCCUUGCCAUUAGCAUCUUCACCUUCUGCUUCUUCCGCGGCCUCCAGAGUGAUCGAAACACCAUCCACAAGAACCUCUGCAUCAAUCUCUUCAUCGCAGAGCUUCUGUUUCUUGUGGGCAUCAACAUGACCGACCCUCCGAUUGUGUGCUCUGUGAUUGCUGGAGUUCUGCAUUUCUUCUUUCUUUCUGCAUUUGCCUGGAUGUGUUUGGAGGCCGUUCAAUUGUUCCUCAUGCUUGUGGAGGUCUUUGAGAGUGAAUUCUCCAGACGAAAAUACUAUUACGCAUCUGGCUACAUGUUCCCUUGUGUGGUGGUUGGCAUUUCGGCAGCCAUUGACUAUAAGAGCUAUGGGACGAGGAAAGCCUGUUGGUUGAGGGUUGAUAAUCAUUUUAUUUGGAGUUUCAUUGGCCCUGUAACGUUCAUCAUUUUGCUCAAUCUCAUCUUUCUGGUGGUGACUGUGUACAAGAUGGUAAAGCACUCAAUGUCUAUGAAACCUGAUUCCAGUCGACUGGAAAGCAUACGGUCCUGGGUGUUUGGUGCGUUUGCACUGCUGUGUCUGGUUUGUCUGACGUGGUUGUUCGGCCUGUUUUUCUUGAACGACUCUUCAGUAAUCAUGGCGUACCUCUUCACCAUCUUCAACACUUUACAAGGGAUGUUCAUCUUCAUCUUCCACUGUCUUCUGCAGAAGAAGGUGCGUAAAGAGUACAGUAAGUGUUUCCGGCAGUCUCAGUGCUGUACUGGUCUUCCUGCUGAAGGAUCUCAUGGGGUUAAUAAAACCUCGGCCUCCAGGUCCACUGCUCGAUAUUCAUCUGCUACACAGAGCCGCAUCAGGAGCAUGUGGAACGACACUGUGAGGAAACAGUCAGAGUCGUCCUUCAUCUCUGGAGAUAUCAACAGCACUUCCACUCUAAACCAAGGAAUGACCAGCAACUAUCUGCUAACUAACCCUCUCCUCAGGCCUCACGACACUAACAACCGCUAUAACAACCUUCUUGCCGAAACCAUCGUCUGCAACACCCCUUCUCCAGGCCAGCACUCAUUAACUAACAGCCGGGAUGUCAGCACCAUGGACACGCUCCCUCUCAACGACAACAUCAACAACAGUUACUCACCGCGAGAGGACGACUACGAAGACCCCGCUUUGUGCUUCCCACCCGGUGACGCUUUGGAUGACACUGCCUUUGAGAAGAUGAUCAUCUCCGAGCUGGUUCACAACAACCUGAGGCCUCGUCGGCCACCACAAAACCAAACCAGCUCAAAAUGCCAACCAGCGUCUGACAGCAGCCUCCAGGGUCCGCAGGAAACCUUAGAAGUGGCUGUCGGGAUUAGAAACCGGAGUGAAGAUGAUGCCAUAAUUGCCGACACCUCCGUUUUGCCACCAUCCUCUAGCCACCCGGCCCUAGAGCUUCUUCUCCUUCAUCCAAACGACCGGGAGGCCCUCGAAUCCCCGCUUUUGCCCCAACAAACUCAUUCGCUUCUUUACAGCGCUCAAAAGGCAUCCCAACAGGCUGUCAAACUGCAGAAGGACUGCAGAAAGGCAGAAGAGGAUGAGGAGAGCGCGAAAGAGAUAGACAACGCACCCUCUCCAAAUAACAGGGACUCGUUAUUCACAAGCAUGCCCAAUCUCAGAGACUCUCAGUCCUCUGAAUCCCCCGACCUUGUCAGCGGACAGGAUGAGGGUUCUCCUCGCUCAUCCGCCCAAAGCGAAACUGAGGAACAAUGCUACAAGAGCUUGCCCGACCUGGGAGACAGGACUCAACCACUUUCCUACUAUCAGAUUAGCCGUCGAGGCACUAGCGAGGGCUGUAUUGGCCCCGGGCUCCCCGAGGGCGAAGUCUCUAGCGAUGGACAGAUGCAGCUCAUCACCAGCCUCUGAGCCAAGAAUGUUCCCUUUUCCUUCGUUUUAUUCUUUUGCUUCUCCCAUCCACAGACAACACCAAGACAGGACUGGUCAAUGGCACAAUGAAUUUUUUUAUAGUAAUCGAACUGAUGGUCUGGUCAA